CUGUCGGCGCGUUCCCUGGUAUACAGCCUGCCUGCUACUAUACUCAACUGUAUUUACGUUCUCAAAAAAAUAAUUUUUUUAAGGAUGACUAUUAAAAAAAUUUUAAUAUUUUUAACUAUCAUCAUUAUUCAAAUAAUGAACAAAACAACUUCAUCCCCUUUAUUAACAUCCCCAUCUUCUGCUACUAAAAUUUCCGCUUCUAACUUCCACCCCUCCCAUCCCCUACUCCUUAACCUCUCUUCAACAAAAAUUAAAUCAAAAUCAUUUUCCCCCUCAUUAAAUUGUCCAAUCGAAAUUAAAAAUUUUAAUAAAAAGCAUUAUGGAAAUUUAGAAAAGAAAAAUAACAAAAAAUUUACUGUUAAAGCUAGCGAGAAAAAUAAUCCAAGAGUUGAAGAAUAUGAUUCGGAUGAAUGGGAUCCUUAUCAAAAAUAUGAAUAUAUCCCAAAUGAUCUGUUUCCUAAUCGAACAGAUUUUGAAAAUAAAUUAGCAAGAAUUGAGGAACGUCGAACAAAGGGGGAAAAGGAAAAGAAAAGAGCCCCCAAAAUAAAUUUAUUUGAUGACAAGAAGUGGGAGGACAGGGAAGCUUUUUACAAUUAUUAUUAUGAAAUUGAUGAAAAAAAAUAAAAAAGAAUCAAAUUUAAUAUUAGUUGCAAAAUUAAUAAAGAAUAGAUAUCCAAAUGUUGAUGAUGGAGACAGGAAAACACCUUUUAAACAGAUGGGGAUAAACCAACGAAGAGAGGCAGUAGAUUUGAAACUUUUAUUGGAUGAGUGUGAUCGAAUAAUUGAAUUUUGGCCAUUUUUGUGUAUUGCAGAAGAACAAUUAAGGGAGAAACGAGAAAAUGAAGAGUGGAAAUAUCAACGAAAAUUGGGGGAAAUUAAAUUUGAGUUAAUGGGACUUUUGGAUAUUGAAGAGGGGAAAGGAAUUGAUUUAAUAGAAAAUUUGGAAAAUGAAAAACAAAAUUUGAGUAAAAUGGAUAAAUUAAUUAAUGGAUUAUAUUUAAGUACAAUGAGAAAUGAGGCUGAAAAAAUUAAGGAACGUGUAAUUAGAGCUAAACAAUGUAAGAGAAAAAAAUACAAAAAUCAGAUACUAACUACUAUAGGAUACCCUCUUGGGACUGGAUAG